GGGGAAGAACUUGGCGGAGGGAGCCCGAAACAAACAAAGCACUUCUGCCGCUAAGCGACACCGGUUUAACGACAGUCAUGAACCAAUCACAAGAAGCACUUCCUAGUUCAAAGCGGAAGAGCCCGCCGCCAUCUUUGAUGUGGGCAACCAGCUGGCUGUGAGUGCGCUAGCUUGCAAGGACAGAGGUCAGAAGUCUGCUCGGCCAGUGGCAAUGGUGCUCAGGAGGCUCCUGUUCAAUUUACUCAACAACCCUCAGCUGAUCGAGAAACUCGCCGAGUCCCGGCCCAUCCGCAGAGCCGCGCAGAUCACCGCCUUCGCCAUCACCAAGGCCCAGCUGACCGGCAAGGACGCGGCACAGCGCAUGCUCCGCUCUGACACGGUGCAGCAGCUGAAGCGGGAGGCGUCUGCCACUGCACCGGGUCUGGGGGAGAUGGGGCGCAAGAUGGGAAGGAUCAGGGAAACAUUCGUGAAGGAGCUCAAAACUGGGAUGGAGGAAGUAAAGGGGCAAAUGAAGAGGAAGAAAGGCCAGUGAUGCACUAGGAGCUGAGGAAGGUUGUCAGGCAAGUCACUGUAGCUGGUACAGUUGUCAGCCGUACUUUACUGAUCCUGCCAUUCAGCUGUUUCCUGACUGUGGUGCCCUCUAGCGGCAGUGAAGCCAGUUACAGCCGUCUAAUCACGUUGGACUUGAUGCACAAAUGAGACAAUUCUAGAAUGUGCAAUAAUUGUACAUAAACAUGAAGAAAAUG